AUGAUUCAGAUUUCUUCAUCUUUUAAUGUUAAAUAUAAAAGAUUUUUGAUUUCCCAUAGUAUAUUUAAAUGUGUUAGUUCAAACGGUCGUUUUUGCUUUAAUACACAAAAACAACGAAAUCCUUUAUUUCAUCCUCAAAGUGAUCCCAUAAAUUUUCACAAAUCAUUCGUUUAUCAUUUUAGGCCAUAUUCUACUCAAAACUCUACAUUUAACCAGACUUCAACUUAUAAUCCUAUACAUUCCCCUGCUUUUAAAUUUAGUAAUUGGGAUAAUCAUAAAGAUGAUUCCAUUGGUCCAGGAGAUUUAUACCUGGAAAACAUGUUUAACUUUAGCCCAAAUGAAUGGUUGUCUUUAAUUAAAAAUUCUGAAGAUAAUUCACACUUUCUAACACUUUUAACACAUUUCCAGAGAUAUAUCCGUCACCUAAAAUGCAGCGAUCUUUUAUACAUUAUUGAGAAAUGCGUAAAGUUUGGAGUUAGAGAUAAUAAUGAGGGGAUUGACGUGUGCUACGUCCUACUCUGUGAGAUUUUAUACAGAUUUUUACACGAAAAUAAUCGCAUAUUAAGGAUAAAGGAUAUUUCCAGACUUACAAAGGUACUUUUAAAAAUUAAGUUCAAUAAGGAAUCCCCUGAAUCUUCUACGGUUCCAGUAUGUAGCAUGAAUUUUGAAUAUAACAAGGAAGUUUCCGUUUGUGAGAACUGCAAACUGAGAUAUGGAGAUCUGUUGAACCUGAACGGCUCUGACCUGUCCAAUAUUUUGAUGGUAGUUUUGGGGAAAUCUCUUCUAUUACAAUCUAAAGAUAUGAGGAAAUUACAUGAAAACUCCGUUGUGCCAUAUUUGGUGCUUGUUGGAAACAGGAAUUCAGUUCUUUGUUCUCAUUUAGUUAGGCGAAUUUCAUCAGUGUAUUCCAAAGCUUUUCUAUUGAGUAAUUCAAUACAUAACAUUUCAAUACUACUUCAUACUAUUAAGAGAACCAAGACUAGAGCUUUUGCUCUCCUUAAGAUGAUAGUUAAUAGGCUCUCAACUAAGGGUGAAAUUGAGUCAUUAUUGGACAAAGAAUCAAACCUACAUGUUAAACUGAUUUCAAUAUCACAGAUUAUUCAAUUUUGUAUAAACUGCCACUACUCAUACUCCCAAUUUAACCUCAAACUCGACACACUAAUUUACUCGAUUUUAAAGUAUGUUUACAAUAUUUUCUCAGGGGAGAAUAUGGAAGAAAUAAUUAAAUUCCCCAACUUUGUAUCACAAUUAAAUUUACUCAGAAAAUCAAUAAAUUUGGAAAGGGUUCAUCUGAAAAAGUUGAUAGAAGGGAGUGAAAUAUCAUGUUUUUUGGACUCCCUGGAACACAUUAAGCCAACAUUUGCGCCUAACGAAUUCAAAACUAGUAAUAUCCACUCACAAGUCGACACCAUACUCAAAUCUUUUAACUAUGAAACUUUGUUGGAGCACUACGUCUGUCCUUAUAUCGUCGAUAUUUUCGUUCCAUCCAAGAAUGUUAUCAUAGAAGUCGACGGACCAUAUCACUAUUCAACUACCAUUAACCCGAGGAUAAAUAAGAUAUUAAAGAGAGAAGUGGAUAAUUAUCGCUUGGGAUAUACUCUUAAUAGUAAGCUUAAGAGUAGAAUCCUCACCAAAUCUGGCUUCAAAUUUAUAAAUAUACCCUUUUACCAGUGGCCGCAAACUACAAAUGAGCAAGUUUACUUCAUUUCCAACCUUAAAAUUUAA